AUGGGUCGGUCCAGUUCCAAACUGCUGGAAACACCCAACAAUCCUCUGCAGGAGUUGCAAUUCGAGGAGCGUAAACGUGAACAACGCAAACGCAAGCAAGAAAAGCAACUAAAAAAAAUCGCCAAAUUACAAAAGAAACAAGCGAAAAAGACAAAGCGUAAGAGCAAACAGAGCAAGGACGUCGAGAAGCAGACUUCCAUAACCACUAAACACGCCAGUGGCACGAAGCGCACGAAUAGCCUCAAUUCGCAGAGCACAAGCUAUGAAAUCAAUAAGGAGGAAUUCAACCGACAAAUCGAGCAACAAAUACAAAAUCAUUUGGAUAGUGAUCUAUGCACGUUCAUCAUGAAUCAGGUGUCGUUGACGUUGCAGUUUUUCGGAAAUUACGAAAAUGAAUUGGCAAACAUUUCUGAGGAAUUGCUAGCCAAAGAAAAUGAUUUGAAUCAGAAUCUCGAAGAGCAUUCCAUACUUUUAUCGACGCCCUUGGAUGCUGCUGUCUCCAAGUGGAUGCAAUAUAAACCAAUCCACGGUCCAGAAAAAUACACUCCUCAACCGCUCCAGCCACUGGCAAUGUAUGUGAUAUUCGAAAAUAUCGAUAUAGCGAGACCGAACGAUGCGAAUUACGAUUCAAUUUCACCACUUUGCAAAGUUGAUUUAGACACGGAUUUCUAUAACACAACGCCCUGCAAGGAGGACUACGUAGAAAUGUUGCGCGAGACAAAAUGGAAGGGCUAUGUACGGCUUAAGCUGCGUGAAGAACCAAAAACCCAACGUAUUGGGGCUACCGAUAUUGAUGUGUAUACGGACGGCAGCUCGGGUUAUAGCUCAACGAGUGUCUAUAGUCUUAAAGCACCAAGCAAUCACGCGGAAUCUGAUUAUGACUACACCUACAUAGCACAUUUGAAUACACAUCACCCAUUGUCCGAGCUUAAGAUGCAAAAUCAACGUGGUAACUAUAAAUUGGAUGCCAAAGUCUUGCCGGACUCAUGUGUGUCCAAUUUGCGGCAGUUUGCUGAACCAUUGAAUGACGAGGACACCGAAGACGAUGAUGACGAUGAAGAUGAAACAGAGCCAGAGUCCGAUGACGAAGACAGCGCUGAUGAAGGUUACAAUGGCGUCCAAAGAAGAUCCAAUGAGAAGACACGAUAUCGCGAUGUCGAGACUUUGGAAGCCAUACGCUUGUACAAGUUAGAGCAGGAACGACGUCAAGUUCUCAUGCAGCAAUGUUAUCUCAACUCCAAAGAAUUUAUGCGUUACUUUGGUGAGUUGGUACGUCAACAGCUUGCCGAUCGCUUACAAAUAUUCCCCGAAGAAUUGAACGAGGGCACAUAUCGUGGUUCAUCGAUCUACACAAAAUACUUCGAACUCAUACCCGCUAUUUAUGUGGCGCAUAAUGCACAACACUGGCCCGAUUGCGCAUUUCAAUUUCGUAUACGCGAACGUCCUAUCUCCACUAAUCCACUAACUGGACAGCAAUUUCAAUGGCCAACGCGUUCGAUGAUUAGACGUAUUGAAACUUUUGGCUUUCAUGUCAUACCCAUUGGUUAUGCGCCCAAACGACAGCGGAAUCCUUUUCGUGAGCUCGAAUGGCGUAUUGUUUUUCCGAAAGCCGAACGCUACUUGGAGCAACAUUUAACAAAUACACAAGUGAAGGUAUUCAUGAUGACCAAAGCUUUGGUGAAGACUUUUGUCGAACCGCAAGAGAAGCAUAAGGCGCUCUCGUUCAUAAUGGAACAUCUGCGCAUGCAUCUCUUCUGGGAAUGCGAACGUAAUUACACUGGCUGGCCGGAGGAGUAUCUCGGUGAGGUGCUGCUGCGUUUUAUAAGCACAUUUAUGCAGCGACUGCGUGAAAAAUGUUUGAAGGACUUCUUUAUUGAAGAACGUAAUCUCUUCGAGAGCAUACCGGAAUACUCUUUGGUCAUGUUAUUCUCAAUAUUGGCCGAUAUUGUAGCAAAUCCUUUGAUGCAUCUAAUGGUGGCACUUAAAAAUCUAGAUUUUGAGGAAGAUUUCUUUCCAAAAUUGAAUUUUAAGAAGAUAUUUGAAAAUCUCUCCGAAAAUAAUAUGUUGAAAUUGAAAAUACAAGCUAAAAAUUCACGAAGUCUAGUUGGUUUGGAUGGGGGGGAAGAUGAACCAGUACUCUUGCAAGACGAAGGUGCAAAGGGCUUGGUCGGCAUGAAGCAACAUCGUGAGAAGACCAACGGUAAACUAAGAAGGAAAACUCAUGUGAUGCGACACAAUAUUGAAAUGAUGAAGAAGCAAGAAUAUGAACGGCGUCGCUUGUCAGAGGAGUCCAUAGACAUCGAGUUUUUCUUCCGGCGCAAUAUAAAAAACCCCAAAUUGAAGCACCUCAAUCAGGGCGUUGAAAAUUUACGACGCACAAAUGUACUCGAAAUAAUCAUCGACCAUCUAAUAGCGAUGGCCGAAAAGGCAAUAGAGUUUCGUGUUUGUUAUUUGGCUAAAACGUUCUUGGCACAAGCGAGGCGACUCUGCAAGUUCUACCAUAAUUAUGGUUGCGAUAUGGGUGCUAGAGAGUACCUCAACACCAUUGGCAGUUUGGAGGAGGAAAUCGCCGGUUUGCAGACGAAUGAAGAUUUUAAAAAUUUACCGCCAACUCUGCCGAUACGCACAAGUGUAGAGACCAGUAAUAAGACUAAGCUAACCAAAGAAGUCUUCGAACAUUUAGAGAACGUGCGGCGUACCGUAAGAGUCGACAUUGAAGUAACGCAUAGUGAAAGAGAAAACUCUCCAGCUGUCAAUAGAAAGAGCAACGUAAAGUCCUUGGAGGAGAGCGCUGAGCAGGCACUUUCUUACAAUGAUCUCGAGUUAGUGGAUAACAUAACACCCAAUUUGGGGCGACGCAAGUCUAUUAAGUUUACCGAACAUGUGGUCGAAGUACAUGAAGGAGACACAAAUCCAAUACAAAAGCCUGAGGAACAGAGUUUGGUUGGUAUUCUGCGCUUCAAUCCUGAAGUAACGGAAAUAUGUGAUGCACCUGCUAUUGAAAAAGACAAGCGGGACGUCUUUUAUGAGAGCUACGAAUCGAUUGAUAACUAUAGUUUGAGCGAUGAUGUUGGUGAGAACAGUCGUAUCGAUGCCAUUGUGAGUACUGAAGAAAUCCGUAAAUCACAAGCGCAAGAGGAAAGGGAAGAUGAAGCUGAACAGAUAACUGAUAGCCAGCAGUAUUCUGCAGUAAAGACGCCAAGUGAUGAAAGAAUCCUCGGGGGUUUUAAUAAAAGAAUUGGCGUGCUGCGUAAAUUAACGCGCGGCAAUUCGCAAGUUAUUAAAGAUAUUACAUCGUCAACGGAGAAGCUAUUUGUUUCGUUGGCCUCGGAAGAGACACGUUCACAGUUAAAAGAGGUGAUAAGACGCAAAACAUUUCAGCUGAAAGGUGCUUUCAAUCAGUGUUCGGAGUCUUGACAUUGAUUUAAGUUAUUUUUUAAGGGCUAUGUACAUACAUAUAUUUGGAUUGAAGAAGGUCGAA